AUGAUCACUAAUUUUGACGCUGACGAGGUCAAGCGUCUGGGAAAGCGAUUUAAGAAGAUGGACUUGGAUAACAGUGGAUCUCUAUCGGUUGAUGAAUUUAUGAAUUUACCAGAAUUGCAGCAAAAUCCAUUAGUACAAAGAGUGAUAGAUAUUUUUGAUCAAGAUGGCAAUGGUGAAGUAGACUUCAAAGAAUUUAUCCACGGCGUCUCACUCUUUAGCGUUAAAGGCGACAGGGAAUCAAAAUUGAAGUUUGCCUUUAGAAUAUAUGAUAUGGAUAAAGAUGGCUACAUAACGAAUACUGAAUUAUUUCGUGUACUAAAAAUGAUGGUUGGUAGCAACCUCAAAGAUACACAGUUACAACAAAUUGUUGACAAAACUAUUAUCUAUGCCGACACGGAUGGAGAUGGAAAAAUAUCGUUCGAUGAAUUUUGCAAAGUCGUAGCCUCAACAGAUAUUCACAAGAAGAUGGUUGUAGAUGUCUAA